CAUUUUGUCUGAUUGUGCGCGUGCAAACAGUCGAAAGGUUGCAGAAAAAACGGCCAUUUUCUUUCGCGUCGACACAUUUCGAAGCUUGGCAGCAUUUGUAGUCAGCCCUGUUUUUCCUGAAAACCAAAUGUUUCCCUAAACGUUAAUCAAAUUUGAAAAAGGAUGUCGCCGAGUGCUGCGGUCAAAGAGAACCCCCACUGUCUAAUUUGCAAUGCGCGAGUCGGGGUGUCCACGAGGACUUCCAUGCAAAUUUUCAGCAAGGAGAGCCAGACGACGAACGAAAAGCCCAUCAGUCAAGUGAUCGCUCAAGUGCUCGAGGAGAACAUCACCGAGGACUCGGUGCACUCGCUUCUCCUCUGCAAAAAGUGUUUCAAACUGUUUGACGAGCUGGAGGAGCUCGAGCAGCGAAUCGACGAGAUUAAAGACGAGGUAAUUGCCAAUUAUAAGCGGUCAAUGAACAUCAUCAAGAACGGCGAGAACGACGAAGAACCCAAGAAGACCUUCCUAGACAUACCGUCGUCGGAUGACGAUCACGACACCCUCCCAGACAAGGAGCCCUUCCCGAUAACCGACAUUGAAAUGCAGCUCGUCAAACUGCACGGCGCCAACAAGGAGAGCGCGAAGGGAGGCGCCGACGCCUUCCAAACCUUUGACGCCGACAUAAUCGACGCCGGUGCGAUCGAGCAUUCGUCCGACUCGGACUACGAACCUCCGGGGGGCGACAACACGGAGGCGCUGCUUCAGGCGGCCGCCCUCGCCGAGAAGAGCCUAGAGGUGUGCAUUAAGUCGGAGCCCGGUCUCGAGAUGUCGGAAAAACCGAACAUUCUGAAGCGGAAGGAGGUGCCGGUGGAGGGCAAGAAGGGGCCGGUGGCGAAUAAGAAGUUCAAAGACGAAAUUACAACGCCUAUUGUCAGUCGCGACGGCAACAUAUACACUUGCCUGCUGUGCGAAGGCGAAGAGACAGUCUGCGGCGAGGCGAAGGCGAUCAUUCUGCACGCACGUCAAGCGCACGAGGCGCGCCUCUACAUCUGCGACGUUUGCGGCGACGACUUUCGCAAACGUAACGAACUCUCGAUGCACCUCGACGAGCACGUCGCGACCGAGGAGGGCGACUUCCAGUGCGAGGUCUGCAACCGCAUCUUCAGCAACUUGCGAUUGUUCCGCAUCCACAAGCGAAUGCACUACCCGCAGAACAAGGCGUGGAAGUGCGAGACGUGCGGGAAGAAGUACAGCUCGCGGAAUCUGCUCGACGAGCACAUGAACGUUCAUACCGGUGUGCGUCCGUACAUUUGCGCGACGUGCGGCAAGGAUUUCGCGUCGAAGUACACGUUUAAGGCGCACGAGAAGACUCACGAGGUCCGACCGAGGCCGUUUCAGUGUCAGCACUGCAACAAGUCGUUCUUGAGCCACCAGAAUCUGGCGCAGCACGAGCGGACGCAUUUGGGAAUUAAGGAGUUCUCGUGUCGUCUCUGCUCGAAACAGUUCGGAUCCGCGCACAACUUGGAAGUUCACUCAAUCGUCCACACCGGCUACAAACCGUACAUCUGCGGCCUGUGCGGUAAGGCGUUCGCGCGUAAGGCGGAGAUACGCGACCACGAGCGAACGCACACCGGCGAACGACCCUAUCAGUGCGAGUACUGCGGCGCCACCUUCAGUCAGCGUUCCAACCUGCAGUCGCACAAGCGCGCAACGCAUUACGACGACAAGCGCUACAAGUGCGAGGUGUGCGGGAAGGGCUUCAAGCGUCGCCGCCUCCUCGACUACCACAUCAAGGCCGCGCAUACCGGCGAAAGACCGUUCAAGUGCCAGGUGUGCGAGGCGACCUUCGUCUAUCCGGAGCACUUCAAGAAGCACAGGCGAAUCCACACCGGCGAGAAGCCGUUCCGAUGCGAGGUCUGCGGGAAGGCGUUCAACAGUCGCGACAAUCGAAACGCGCACCGAUUCGUCCAUUCCGACAAGAAGCCGUACGAGUGCCUGGUGUGCGGUGCCGGCUUCAUGCGCAAGCCCCUGCUCUACCAGCACAUGCAGGCGCAGGGACAUCUGAACGAUACGAUUGUCGUGAAUCAGCCGCGUUUGACGACGGACGACGACCAAAUUAUUACGGUGAACGCGGGCGGCGAAAUGGAAAUAGUCGAGAACGAGGGCGUCGCGAGUCUGGAAACGAUAGAGGUGGCCGACGAGGACGCGAACGAGGACUCGAAGCUGUACAUCGCCGAGCACAUGCUCGUCGAGGGAGGGGAGAUGUUCGAGGAUACGAAGGCGUUUGUCAACCUGGAUGGCGAAACGGAAGGAAUCGAGCACAUCAUCAUCGAGGGACAACAAAUUCAGUUCGCCGAGGAGGGCGAGGCCGAGGAGAUCGACGAGGAGCAAAACGAGGAAGGGACCGAGCUGGUGACCGCCGCCGAGGACAUCGAGGAGAUGAUCGCGAACGGCAGCAUCCUCAACGGAAAAACGCAGGUAAUCGACACGCCCGACGGCCCCAUUCACUACGUCCACGUGAGAAUCCCCAAGGAGAACGGCGAAGAUGAGGAGGCGUGGUUGAAGAUAGUUCGCGAGUAAAAAGUUUGUAAAUAACGAUUAAGGUUGUAAUGUAUAUAGAAGAAAGUGUAUAUCCUUCCUUAUGCUGUAUUUAUGUGCCUAAUGUAACGAAACUAUUAGCUGAAGUCGAUACAAAAAAACCGUUGAUAGUUAUUUAAUGCGCAGCUCCACUGUUUCGAUUUGCAUGGAUUCGUAUUAAAUUGAAUAAUAGAAUGUU